AUGAAAAUUAUUGGAUUAUUAUUGCUCAUGAGCAAUUUUGCCUAUUCCUUUCCAUUUUUUGCUCUUGUUUUAUCAGCUGCAAGCGGGAUAUCUUUCCUCCCCUACAUAUAUGAACCCAUAAAGUGUACAUUUGGUGAAUGUUGCUCUAAGGCACUUCAUUUUAAUUCAGAAAGUAAGUUAGCUGUUUUAAUAUUUUAUUCUAGGCUUCAUGCUUUAUGGUCAACACAUUUUCUUUCCCUUCAUGGUUUCACAGGGAUUGGCAAAAAUUAUGCAAAAACAAUUCUUGCAUCGAACUUAUAUGUUCGUGGAGAGAAAAGCAAAUUUUAUCACUUCUUCGACGCCACUGUGGAUUUCCUAUUCAAAGACUCCGUUGACUUCUAUAAGCAUCAAGUGAUAACUACAAUUAAAGAAAAGGUUCAACAAUGCCCCUAUUCCAUGUUUGUUUUUGAUGAGGUUCACAAAAUGCCACCUGGGAUUCUCGACGCUCUUGUUCCCUUUCUUGGACAUACUGAAUCGAUCGGCGGUGUUGACUACAGGAAAGCUAUCUAUAUUUUUAUCGGCAAUUCUGGUGGUUUGCAUAUUAACGACUAUGUGCUGAAAACUAUUGAAAGUGGCAAAAAUCGAGUUUCUAUUCAAUACACUGAUCUUCGGAAUGAACUCGUCAAAGCGAUCUACAGUAGUGAAGGGGGUCUCGGGUUAUCCGAUCUCUUUAGCAAACACCUCAUCACCGCGGUGAUACCCUUCCUUCCCCUACAAGAGAUUCACAUUCGUUCCUGUAUCAAAUAUUUAGCCAAGUAUCUGGGUGUUGAAGCCACAGAGGAAAUGAUCUCCUUUGUACUCUCGGAACUUGACUGGGAACCGGAAGGCACCCGCCUCUUUUCAACAUCUGGGUGUAAAUUAGUCUACGACAAAAUUGCGUUCUUCCUUCAGAUGAGAAGCGAUCUAAUCGACUUUACUGAUCCUAAGAAUAUUCAUGGUGAACUUUGA